CUGCCGGGCUAAGCCCGGGGCAGAUCAUGGUGGCGGGGGUCUCUCCUUCUCUCCCGUGUCUUGGCGUACGGUGGGGCCCCUGGCAUGUGGAGGAGCGGCUGGUCGGGUCCCGUGGGGCGGCGCUCAGCCUUGCCUCAUGGUGGCGGCGGGUGGCGCUGCGGCAGGACGUAUCUUGGAUUAGCAGCAGCAGCGGAUGGAUGCGCUCCUCUGCACUGCGCAAAUGGGUGGUGGGCAAGACGCUGGCCCCCGUUGCUGAUGGCGUGCUGGAGGCUUGGGGUGCCACCAAGGACUUGGAUCUCAACAUCAAGGCAUUGAGGUUGGAGCUGCUGCUCGUCCAGGCCAGCCUUGAAACCGCCAGGCGCAAGCAGGUCGAUGGCCCGGCCAUCCAGGAGCUAUUGGGGAAGCUGCGAGACUCCGCGCUCUCUGCAGAGGACUUGUUGGAUGAGCUGGACUAAUCCCUAGCGGGACGGAGCGAGUCCCCUCGAGAGAGUUCUCGUUGAGAGUCGUAGCGAGGUCACCUGAUCCCGCCCGAUCCCCAAUCUCCGACGGCGGCGAUGCUGGCCGAAAGAGAGACGGGAGAGGUGUGUGGAGCUUUGUAUAUAAUCCAGCUAGUUCUUGGUUGAGUCUUCCCAUAGUGGAGUCUGGCGUUAUGCCGUGGCAGAGCGCGCGGUGGCUAGCAGUGGCGUUCAUCGUGGUUGUGGCACGCGAGGUGCUGCAUGCAAUCGGAGAGAGUGACACCGGCGACUCCUUCAAUAAGCUCAUUGUCUUCCCUGUGUUGGUAGAGGCCCGGCUGCUUGUCUCCUUCCUUUGUUUCCGCCAUGGAGACGAAUGGAGCGAGGAUGAGAAGCAGCGAACUAGAUUGCGCGGUUAGGGUCAGAGCUCAUUCUUAGUGGCUUAUACAUCAGGGCUUCGGCGCCAGCAUCAGCGGUCGGCUGCCGGCCCUCGUCUCGCCAUUGACCUUGCUAGCCAAAGGGCGGCCGUCUAUCUUCCUCCCGACCUGGAGCCUUGAAGGUAGGCAGUUCAUAUCUGGUUUGGAGUCCCCAGCUUCUUUUGAUGGUAGCGGAUGGAGCGGCCGCGGAGAUCCUUUGUAUCACCGUUUAAAAAUUUAUGCAGGUUCUGGGUCCUUGGGGACCGAUCUCUCGUUCCAAAAGUUAAAAAAUAAGCCGCCACCGACAGGAUUUGUGCUGCAGGCGUUGUUUCCGCUGCAGCCUGUUUCGCCGAUUGGGUUCGCUUCAAGUCCCGAAGAUUGGAAAGCAAUCGAUCAGGCCAGCUGGUACUGCCUCCGCGUGAAGGCCGCAGCAAUCAUCGAAUAGUACUUCCACUAGUAACUUCGUCACAGCGUUAAUACUUGCUAGUAGCACUACUAGUUCCACGUGAAGCCAUCUGCAAGUUCAGUUUUUCUUUGUCCCCGGUUGCUGCGGGCACACAGGAAGCUACGAAGUGCUACUUAUGUUAUUUUGUUUGAUCAGCAUAUUAAUUCUGUUCAGUAUUUUUCUAUGGACUUGAACUACUUUAUGCACAGAUUAUC